AUGCCUUGGUUGCCUAGGGAUGCCCACGUGGUUGAGUGCGUGUUUGUUGGGCUCGACGACCACACUGCAGUGCACAUGGAGGCCCCGAAAGACGUCGUUGCUCUUUUCCAUUCGGCGUUUCAUCCGACUCGAGGCAACAUUGUGGACUUUUCGCUCAAGGUCCGUGACGAUGUAAAUCUGGACGGAGUCGAGUUUAGCUCGUUGCCCAGUGGGUUGCAUUUGGUGGAUCAGGAUGUGAUUCAUUUCACUCAGGACGGCCUUUGUGGGAUUGCUGUGUUUCGACGACGUCGGACCAAGGAGAAUGGCCUGCGUGGAGUAAGAUUAGGUGCCGUCGGGGUACUGAUAGGCUCAGCACCUCGCGCAAGACCAUGGCUCCAUCUCCCUCACCUCAAACGCCUGGCCGCACAUCUCGAGGAUACUCCCGAGGACUGGGCUCCCUUGGAAUCAUACUAUGAAGCUCACCGCCAGCCCGACAUCGUUCCCUCGGAAUCCUCAAUCGACGUAUCCGACAUCUGGAGCGGCUGGGAGCACGAGUUGUCCAUUGCCAGCCCGAAUCACCCGCUCCACCACCUCCCAUGUCUCCUACACGCAUUCGGCCCAAGUAUCAUGACCCUCUUCCGGUUCGUCCUCGCCCGCCGACGGGUCCUGAUCUACACUCGAGUCCCAGUCCCUCCUUCACGCAGCGGCAGCCUAAACUCGCUCGCCUCGCGCUUUUCCGAAUCCGACCCCAUGCGACCCAGUAUCGACCAGACUGCUGCCGAGGCCGGCGCUGCGCCUGUGGUCGAACCUGCAUGCGUUCUAGCGAGGGUAGCGGCCGACAUCUGUUUCGGCUGGCGAUCGGAGAUGGAAGUACCUGGAAUCGGAGGCAAGGAUGAACACUCGAUUCCGGUUCUGGGCAUGGUCGGUCUCGACUCGAUUGAGAAAUUGGAAGAAGAAGGGAUGAAGCGAAGUGGAUGGAUCGCAUGUACAACAGAGCGCAUAUUCCUUGAGAAACCGUAUCUAUACGAUUUGGUAGUGGACCUGUCCCCCUCGCUUUUGGCUCAUUCUCCCGCAACGAAACCCACAUCCACGCCAGACGACAAACCGGUUCUUUCGAUCUCGGUCCCCAACUCGUCAUCUACCACUUCCCUCUCCAACAGCUUCAAACUCGCCCCCACCCGACCGACAUUUAGCGACCUUAAAAUCUUCAACGACAUUGAAAAGGCCCUUUACUCUCAGCCUAUAUGCCAACACAACCACCUCCAUUCACAUGCGCCCCCAACCAACCGAUCAACGACAUCUUUGCGGUGCGACUGCGUAGGAGAACACGAAGUCGAAGAAGGUUGGGUUGUAUGGGACCGAUGGGGUCAAGGAUGUGCUUCUCCUACACACAACACCAAUCGGCGCGCUUCGGUCGCCUUUUCGCCCCUGGCGUCGCCCCCAGGUUCACCUAACCCUCGAUCGUCGACCGCGAGUCCGGUCUCGCCCUCUGCGGAUGCCCCCACGGCCAGUCUGAACCCCGGGAUGCUCAUCACCGGGAACCGUCAGUCUUGCGCGGGAGGAUUGAACAUUGGACCGUGUUCGUCUGGACUGAACGGGCAUGUGCAAGACUCGAGCGCCGACUCGAGUACACGCUCGAUCACUGGUUCUCGCCCGUGGAUUGACCCGUGGAGGAUAUACGAAGAAGUGUGUGUCUUUUGUGCUGGGGUGUGUAGUUGGAUCGGUCUCGGCGGGUGGACAAACUCGGCAAGACCUAGGCUCGACGGACCGGAUGAAGCGCUACAGUCCCAUUCUCACCACCACCACACUCAUCACGAGCGACCGGGAAUAUCGGCCGAAGAGAAACGAUCUCAGCGUCGAGCACAUGUCCUGGAGUUGAUGACGAUCUUCCACAAGUAUGCUGCAUUCCUGCACGCAAGACUGGGAGAUAUCGUGGAUUCGCACGACGCCCUUCCUCAAGGCAACGGUCGAAAGACCAAGUCUUCGGCCGGGUCCAAAUCCACACUUUCUUCCAAAUCCUUCAAAUCGGCGUUUUCUUCCAAGGCCCUGUUGCCGAAACAGACGCAGUCUCUGUUGCCAAAACAAGAACAAGAAACGUUGAUUCUGACGAGCAGAGACAUGGUCGCGCUCGAACUCUCCCCUUUGAGCGCGAGCGACGCGCAGUUCCUAGAGUGGCUCGCAGAGUGCAUCUUGCGAAGUUGCUACAAGGGCCGUGCGGAACGAAAGGUCGUCGUCAAGCGGACGUGGAAAGAUAUGGUCGCGGCCGUGGUGGGAAUGUCGUCAUAA